AUGGCGGAGAGUGUGCGGUCGCCUUUUGACUACCGGGAGCCCCCGACCCUCGAUAGCGACGGAGAUGGCAGCAAGCCGCCGCCGCGGGGACGGGUGUGUGGGAGGAAGAGGAAGGGGACCCCCGUGAAGGUGUGUGAGCGGGCCUACGUCACAGAAGAUGAGGAGGAGAGCAUGUCUGAACACAGCUACAGCCUUGGUGAGGGCCAGUACACAGAGGGUGCACAAGACCGCCUGGCUCCUCCUGGAAGUCCUUACUACCUUCCGGAUCCUACCCAACUUUGUGUGCCAGAGCUUGGGGAGGAUGGAGGUGCUGGAGUGGGUGGCCCUGUGCUCUUUCACCCGCCUCCAAACUGUCGCAUUCGAGAAGUUUACUGUGGCUCCCAGGUACGGCUGGUUGUCAUAGCGAUACGUGAUAUCGCCAAAGGGGAGGAAAUCACAGUUGACUACAGUCUCGGCGACUGGGGCGACAAUCCAAUGGAGGACGAGGCUGCCACACACCCUCUCUCCCUCUCUGUGUCGGAUUACCUCACUCCUUCCUGGUCCCUGUCCCCUUCCUCUUCCCCGGUGACCCACUCUGAGGCCAGUGACUCGGACCGGGAGGAGGAUGAGGAGGAGGAAGAUGAUGACGAUGAAGAUGACAAUGAAGAGCUGGAUAUGGAAGACAUGCGAGGCAGAAUGCUUCGGCGACGCAAAAAACGCAAGAUCCUUUUAUCGGUCAAUUCCAAAAAGAAAAGCUCCCCGACCACUUCACACAGAGGACCGGGUCGACCCUGCUCUUCCUUCUCUCGUCCCGUCGCUUCCUCGGUCGGGUCCCAAGUUCAGUCGCCUUUAAGCACCAUAGCCACUCCAACCACUAACAUCAACAACAAUAUAAACAUAAACAUCAGCAGUUCAAGCAGCACAGUGUUGAACCAUCGGCAACACUGUCCUUACUGCGGGCGCCAUUUCCGCUCUCUGGCCCGCCACCUGGAAAAGUACCACAACAACCAGCCCGAAGUCAGGACUGCAAUGGAGAUGGCUCACCUCCACAAUCAUUCAAACGGCGGAAUCGUGCAAAAUCACUCCGCCCAAAACCCUUCCUUCGCUAUCCCUCAGAACUCCAACACCCCCCCUCUGUUCUCCAGGGAAAAAGAGCCGCCAGCCGGACGCUCCAGCCAAGUCUCGUUCUCGCUCUCGGCGCCAUCGUCCGCCCAGCCAUCCAGCAAAAAAGGCUUAACUGCAGGAAGCCCAAAACGAGCGGUAGCGGCGCCGGUUGUUCAGGCAGUCAAGAGUCCAUCUCCGCCGGUAGCUAAACGCAAGAGAGGACGGAGGAAGAAGCAUGCCCCUCCGCCGCCAAAACCUGAAGUGGAAAGUUUGGGAAAUCCAGACGAGCUGAUCCCUCCCCCGACGCCGGAGCCAAAUGUUGAUCCGGAGGAAGACCUAGACUUCAGCGCUGGAGAAGAAAACUCGCCGGCUCAAAAGAACGGAGAGACGCAGAGCGCUGUCAAACCGCACUCUUCUGCGCUGCUGUCGUCGCUCUCCUGCCUGGUGCGGUACUUGAGUCACCAGCAGCACUCGUCGUUCCAGUCGCUCUCGCGCUCUCCUCACUCUGCCGAAGCCUGGCGCCUGCUCUGCCACUCCAGCCUGUCCCUGCUCAUCCUCUACAACCGCCACCGCGAGUGCGAAGUCGCCAAGCUUACCAUCCAGGACUAUCGCAGCCGAUCUCUGCCCAGCUCCAGCUCCGCCUCUGGUAUGGAAGCUCUACUCUCCCCCUUCGAGCAUCACGUCUUGAGUCACUUGCCGCGCGCUGGUGUUUUGGGCAAAAGGGGGCGCGUGCAGCCGCUCAUCCUCCCACCGCAUACCGAGUCCUGCCUCGACCUGCUCCUCCAAACCAGCCCGAACGUGGGUGUGGACCCGCAGAGCCCUUAUGUUUUCUCGCGUCCCUACCAUUCCCCCGCCACGCCGCUGCGAGGGACAGAUCUCCUGAGGAACAUGGCUCGUGCCAGCGGUGCAAAGAACCCUGGGCCUCUGACCGCCACACGAGCGCGCCGGCAAGUAGCCAUCCUCACUCAGCUGCUGUUACUGGACGAGGGAGACGGGUCGUCCACAGCCAUUAAACGCCUGGAGGAGUUUUUGGAUCUGCAGUACCAUGUGACGCAGAACUGCUCUGGUAUUAUCCAGGACCAUUUACUGAUGGGGCGUGUGGGUCGAGUUGUGCUUUAUGGAGAGAAGCAAGGCGUGCUGUUCCGAGGAAUGAGUCUGCAGCAGAUCUGCUUGGAAUUGGACGUGAUGUCUGGCAACUCGGCAGAAUCCUUUUCAGAAGAAUCUGAGGCUGAGCAGGUGAAGGAGCAGGUGAAGGAGCUGCUGAAGGAGGAAGUGAAGGUAGCGGUCCCGGUGAAAAAAAAAGGCAGAGGACGACCUCCAGGAAAAAAGAAGCAAACAGCGACUCGUCCUGCGGGUCCAGCUCAACCCAAGGACCCGAAGAAGAAGGCGACGCCACAGAAGACGGGAAAGCGUGGCGUUCUGAAGCGGCCGUGGUCGGAGGCAGAGCGUUUGGCCGUAGAGACUCAUUUGAAGCAGAACCUCCUUGAACAUCGAGUUCCAGCUAAAGCAGACUGUGUGCGCUGCCUGCAGCUGUGCCCGAUGUUAGUGGGCAACCACAGAGACUGGCGUUCCAUCAAGUUUUAUGUUCACAACCGAAUCCAGCUUCUCAAAAAGCAGGACCGGAGGAUGAGUGCCGCCGCGGCCGCACUCAGUCAAAUAACUUGUUUGGGCUUUGUCUUCUGGAUUCUUCAGAGCCUUUCGCAGCAGUAA